CAGCGCCCCGGGCUGGUCAGCGGCAGCGCCGGGGCUUCCAGGUGCCGGGGAAUGAGCAGCAGCCACCAUUUAUUAUGCACCUACUGUAUGCAGGCCUCGUUCUAGGCACAGCAUUCCCCGCCGUCGGCCUCGGUCCGAGAAGGUGACAUGGAAAUUCUCCGUCUCAUCAUCGUGCCGUCCCACAUCACCACGAGAAGCAGGGAGACGCUGGCAUCCCAGGACACGAAGAUGAUUUCCUCCUUAGUCAUCUCGCAGCUGAUGGAUGAGAACAAGCCCACGGAGAAGGGGGCCGCCGUGCCCGUGCCUUGCGCCGCCGCUCAGCCGCCCACGUGGCCCAGGAAGCGCGCUCUGGCCGGCCGCAGCGGAGUCACCAUCAACAGGGCCUUCGCGUUCCUUCCCGGCCAGCGGGGACCGCAGCCACCGGCCGGGGCGUGCGGACCUGAGCCUGCGCUCACCCCCAGAGAGGAGAGGCAGCCGGGCGGCAGCCCCCAGAAGGGGUUUGCCUCCAUCACCAUCACCGCCCGGCGCGUGGGCCCCCCAGCCAGGGCCCUGGCAUGGGGCCCUGGGGGGGACCCGCUGUGCACCCGGUGCAGGGCCCAGGACCCUCAGCUCAGGGGCCCCCCUGCUCUGGCAGGCGGCACUGAUCCAGGCUGGCACCACAGACCUCUCGCCUGCACGGACCCCUCCGGAAGCAGCCCUGGGACGUGGCUGGAGUUCCCGGAGGCCCACGCACGGCUGUGUGACGGACGCCAGUACUGGGUGGCCGGCGUGGACCACGGGGAGGACAGGCUCUCCCCAGGCCGCCCGCGGUCGGGGCAGGGCCCGCUGCUGUUCAGCUCCUGUGUGCACCUCAGGGUGUCUCGGCGGUGCCCCAACGCCACCUGCUCUCCGGACAGGUCCCUCCCCGUCCCCAUGGAGCCAACGCAGCCGGCCGGCCCCCAGACGCACAGGUCGGUCCUGUCGCUCAACCUGAACUGCAGUUCUCACAGACUGACGCCAGAUGGGGCCGACGGCCCAGCCUCCGGAGGGCCAAUCAGCAGCAGCCUGAAGCAGCAGCUGGUGGAGGGCUCCGGCCUCCUGGGCCCGCGCUGGGCCCCCGCCCUGCACCCCUCCUUGGGGCAGGUGCACCUGGGGGCCGGCACAUGCCCUUGGAGUGGCCCCGCUCCGACGGAAAGCACAGAACUCGCAGAUGCGGGGACUCGGCAGAUCACUGCGAGGAAAGGGGAGGGAGACCACGGGGCUCCCGGUCACAACGGCGGUCACACCAGUGCUCACGCCAACCAGCUGUCCAUCCACAUUCCCGGCUGGAGCUACCGGGCGGGAGACUACACCUGCUGCGACCUGGUGGUUCAGAUCAAGGAGUGCGAGACGCGGGAGGCCGCCGCCAUCCCCGGGCCCGCGCCCGCGCCCGCGCCGCCCCAGCCCGCGCCCUCCGAGGAGCCGGAGACCCGCGGCCUGUGGGAGGGCUGCUCCGAGCGCCGGCCGGCACCAGCCAGCUCCUCCUUGACCUUGCAGGAAGCGCUGGAGGCCCGGAGGCCGCAGUUCAUCUCUCGCUCGCAAGAGCGGCUGAAGAAGCUGGAGCUCAUGGCGCAGCAGAGGCGGGCCCAGCGCCAGGAGAGCCCGGGGCCGAAGCCGGGCCCCCUCCCCGUCCGCGCCAGCAGGAGGCAGUUCACUGUCCCCCAUCCGCUUAGCGAUAACUUGUUCAAACCCAAAGAAAGGUGCAUUUCGGAGAAGGAGAUGCACAUGCGGUCGAAGAGUGUCUCCGGCAUCUGUUUCAGAAUCUACAACAACUUGCCGGAAGUCAGAAAGAAAAAAGAAGAACAGAAGAAAAGGGUGAUCUUACAGAGUAACAGGCUCCGCGCGGAAGUCUUCAAAAAGCAAUUACUGGACCAGCUGCUUCAGCGGAACGCCGUCUAACCGCAGGCUGCCUGCCAGCCCCUGCCGGGCCCGGAGGGCUCCAGACACCGGACACACCAUUAAACAGCCCUUCACGACA